UUAUCACACAACGUGGAGUUCCUCUAGGCGGUUGCAAUGGAUUACAAGCAGCUGGGCGAACUCCUAGCGGCGACCUUAAAUCCUCAAAUGCGUCAAACUGCUGAAUUAAAGCUUCGCGGGAUUACUGAAGUUCAGGGUUUUACUCCUUGUCUGCUUCAAGUUGUCAUGUCAACGGAUAUUGCAAUGCCUGUUAGACAGGCAGGGUCAAUUUAUUUAAAAAAUACGGUGACAAAACACUGGAAGGAACGAGAUCAAUCAGAUCUGCAAUAUGCUGAUUCAGCUCCAUUCUUGCUACACACUGCAGACAAGAUGAUUAUGAGAGCAAAUAUUGUUGAGGCAAUUAUCCACGCGCCUGAAAUCAUUAGAGUUCAACUGCUGUUGUGUUUGGAGUUUAUGGUUCGUUUUGAUUACCCACAAGUUUGGUCAGAAGAUCUACUGAGCAAAGUACACAAAUAUCUUCUAGAAGACAACUACCCAUCUUGUCUUGGGGCAUGUCUUGUUCUUCAUCGAAUCAUCAAGAAAUACGAGUAUCGGCCUGCUGAGGAGAAUAGAAAAGACAUAGACAAGCCAAUCAUUCACUUUUUCCCUAUUCUCAUGCAGCUUUUUCAGAGAGUUAUGCCUGAUGAGUCAAGUCAAAGUGUUACUGUUCAAAAGCAAAUUUUAAAACUCUUCUGCUCAGUUAUACAGUUUCAUCUUCAUCGCAGCUUUGCAACACUUGAAGUUUUUCCAAGAUGGAUGCAGAUAUUUGUCACAGUUAUAGAAAGGCCAGUACCACAAGUUGCUCUUGAAGCAGAUGAGGAUAUACGAGGAAAACUUCCCUGGUGGAAAUGUAAACGGUAUGCCCUACAGAUAGUUUGUAGAAUUUUUGAACGUUAUGGGAUGCCGGGAAAUGUUACUAAGGAGUAUCACAAGUUUGCUGAUUAUUACGUGAAGAACUUUUCGGUUCCUGUCAUGCAGACGAUGUUGCGAUUGCUGGACAAAUAUCGAAGUGGUCACUGGUUGUCAUCUCGUGUUUUACAUCAUGCUUUCAAUUAUAUUGCAACCGGUGUCGGAAUUGCUUCGUCAUGGAAAGUAUUGAAGCCAAACAUACAGGUUAUACUACAGGAAGUUGUUUUUCCUCUUAUGUGCUACACUGAUGACGAUGACGCUCUCUGGCAAGAAGAUCCUUAUGAAUAUAUAAAGAUUAAAUUUGACGUGUACGAGGAGUUUAUAUCUCCAGUUGCAGCCGCUGCCCUAUUUCUCAACCAAGCAACUAAGAAGCGGAAAGACGUCUUGAAGCCACUCAUGCUGUUCUGUCACAGUGUUCUCAACCAGCCGUCACAUCAAGUCGACCCAAGAAAGAAAGAUGGAGUUUUGAAUAUUGUAGGAUCAAUAGCAGAAGUACUCAUGAAGAAACAACCAUUCAAAAACGAUGUGGAGGGAAUGCUUCAAACGUAUGUACUUCCUGAUUUUCAGAGUGCUCAUGGCUUUCUCAGAGCCAGGGCUUGUUCUGUGAUUAACUACUUCAGUCCGUUGGAGUUUGAAAAGAAGGAGCUACUCGUGCAACUAGUCAACGCUGUGCGUGUCUGCCUCACACGAGACGAAGAACUGCCGGUGAGGGUUCAAGCUGCUGUUGCUCUGCAAAGCCUGUUGCACUGUCAAGAUGAAGUUUAUGAUCAUGUGGAGCCACAUGUGACUGACAUUAUGACUGCAUUGUUGACUGUGAUACGUGAGACAGAGAACGAUGACUUGACUGAUGUUCUGGAGGAGCUCAUUAAGCAAUACGCUGUGCAGGUCUCACCUUAUGCUACAGAAUUGGCAACACAAUUGUGUGAGACGUUUAUCCAGCUUGUGGAUGUGUCACGAGAGGAACCAUCAGACGACGAUGCUUACAAAGCCGUGACAGCAAUGGGCAUUCUAAGCAGCUUACAGACUCUCAUCACAGCAGUACAUGACAACGAACAUAUGAUGGAAGCACUCGAGUCUCCAUGUGGUGGAGUAUGCGUUCUUAUUCUUCAGCAUUCAAUUGCUGACUUUUACGAGGAGAUUUUGGGCUUGAUUGGUCAACUAACGGCACAGAAAGUGUCUCGUGCAAUGUGGCAAGUGUUUGCACUCAUUCACCAGUGUUUUGCAACAGAUGGAUUCGAGUACUUUGUUGAGAUGGUACCGUGUCUACACAACUACAUCACGGUCGACACGCCUGGAUUUUUAUCAAAUCCCAGCAAUGUACAAGCUGUUUAUCAAAUGUGUGAAAAGAUACUGCAAGAAGAGUCAGGUGAGGAUCCUCAGUGUCACGCUUGCAAACUUCUGGAAGUUGUCUUGCUACAAUGUCGAGGACACGUAGACAAUUUUUUACCACAAAUAGUCAAAGUUGCUUUAGAACGUGUGACUAAGGAGGUAAAGACUUUCCUGUGUCGAGCAAUGUGUUUGCAAGUGGUUGUCACUGCAUUGUAUUGUAAUCCUGCAUUAGUUCUUGAUGUAUUACAUAAACUAACCAUGCCACUGACAGGAGAGCCAGUUAUUGGUCAAUUCUUUACCCAGUGGUUUCAACAAGCUAACACAGUUCGAGGGAUUCAUAAUCGUAAAGUGGGAAUACUAACUAUUAUUGCUUUGCUAUCGAGUGGUAGCAGCUCAUUGCCACCUGUAAUAGCUGAAAGAAUACACCAGAUCUUGCCAGCUGCUCUGAAUCUUUUUAGUGGUCUGGAGAAAGCGUACAAAGAACGAGCUAAACGGGAAGCUGAAGCAGAAAGUGAAGAAGAUGACCUUGAGGAUAACAAUGAAGAUGAUGAUGUUGAAGUUGAGCUUGACAGCGAUGAAGAUGACAUUGAUGAUGAAGGAACAGACUAUGUAGAACAUCUUGCAACUCAAGCUGGCAAACAUUUGGAUGAUGAAGAUAACAAUGACGAUGAUGACGAUGAAGAUAUUGAGUUGGAUUUUUAUGAAACUCCUUUGGAUAACGAGGAAAUCGAUGAAUAUGCGAACUUUAAGGCGACAUUGCUGGGGUUACAAGCUCAAGAUACAGCAUUAUAUUCAGCACUAACCAGUCAACUGACAGAAGACCAGCAGAAGUUACUGCAGGAAGUAAUGGAAGUGGCUGACAGAAAAGCCUCAGCACGAGAAUCAGCGAGACUGGCUGCACAAGGUGGAUAUCAGUUUUCACAUGCUAUACCGACUGCGUUCAACUUUGGAUAAGAUUGCAAAGUCUGGUAGUUGUUGUUGUACAAUUUAUUGUUAACGUUAUGUACCUAAUAACAACAGACUAUAUAUGGUUUGUAUGGAGAUGUGCAGUUAGGAGUUAUGUGGUUUUGUUUGUUUUGACUUUGGUUACUGAUGGUUGUGUGUGUGUGUGUGUGUGUGUGUGUGUGUGUGUGUGUGUGCACAUGUGUGUGUGUGUGUGUGUGUG